GGGGUGAUAGUGGAAAUGGUGUGGGUUGAUCUAGCAAGUAGCCAAGGCUUCCAUGGGAUGAAUGAACUGGAGAUAGCUGCUCCUAUGUCCAGGAGGCAUAGGAGUAAUUGAGACAAGAUGACACUGAGGCAGGGCUCCUGCUAAUUCACUACUGUAUGAAUUCACCAGGAUUUGGUGGUGAGCUUUGAUGGGUUGUAGGAUGUUUCAUUCUUGCUAGUGAGUAAGGUCUGGGGCGAAUAUGGUCACUUGGGAGAGUCACUGUGCUGGGCAUGUGGGACUGGGCUUUUAAUGAAGUUUGGGUGGAGAGCAGAAGGUUGUGGUGGCUGAAUGGACAGCAAGUGCAGCAUGGAAGUGGAAGAGGGUUAUGGAUAUCUGAAAUUCACAUGUGGCUCUGGGUGGUUAAUAUUGAAACAAAGAUCACAGGCAACAUCAAUCAUCAAAGCAGCAUUGAGAAUUUACCUGGCUGUGGAUCCAUCAGAGGAUUGGGGUUGUACUAAAUCAUGUUAGUAAUUUUCAAGCACUCUUCUGGAUGCCGUUUGCCAAGUACAUGGGUGAGUCCAGGGAGAUGUCUGUGGUGUGGGGCAGGAAGGUGGCAGAGCUGGGGAAGUGCAACUGUGGGGUCUGAAGAUGUGAGAGAUGUGUCUACACAAUGAUGUGCACAAGGAGAGAAUUAAGAGCUGAUGGUCCACAGGCCCUGGAGUUGGGGCCUUAAGGGUGAAGCAUGAGCCCAAAUUUGUGUCUUGGAGGCACAAUCUGGGACGCCCCAAGGGAAUUGCUUGGCAGGCCCAGAGCUGAGAUGGCAUUUAUGUGCUGCGGCCCCCCGCCCCCCAUCUUUUGUUGCUGAGCACAGUAAUUAAUGGAACCCUGAGGAGAGCGUGGGCAUCAGUGGCACCAGGGCCUGGUAUCUCCUUUGAGGUGGGGAGCUUUGAAAGAGGAUGAUCGUGGAGAUGUGUGAGGAGUUGGACUGUGGGUUCUCAGAGAAUAUUCGUACUUUCAUUUGUACUAAUCAUGACAAGGUGGUGUGACCUUUGAGGACAUUGCCGUGUACUUCUCCUGGGAGGAAUGGGGCCUCCUUGAUGAGACUCAGAGAUGCCUGUACCUCGAAGUGAUGCUGGAGAACUCUGCACUUGUAUCCUCGCUGAAGAAACGUCUCUUCGCCGAGAUGGACGCCAGGAAUCUCCUCCUGCGCAGCUGUGGAAACUACACUACCCAGAGGGCAAUGCGCCCAAUGGUGGCGGAGUUGAGCCAAUGAAAGCCCAGGGCAGAGGUCGGGUUGCCCACUCAGAGGCUCGGAGCCAGGGGUCCUAAAAGAGAAGGUGCCAGAGGCCUCCACAGAGGCGGGUCCAGGGCUUGGCGGCGGCACACCUCGUGGUGACCCGAAACAGGCUGAGAUCGGGACCUCCACGCCUCACAGACUCCGCUUCGCCCACAGACUCCGAUGGCGGCGGCGGCGCUGAGGGACCCGCCUCAGGGUAUGAAAUUUGAGGAUGUGGCCAUUGACUUCUCCCAGGAGGAGUGGGGGCUCCUUGAUGAGGCUCAGAGACUCCUGUACUACAAUGUGAUGCUGGAAAACUUUGCACUUGUAGCAUCCCUGGGUUGUUGCCAUGGGACAGAAGAUGAGGAGGCCCCUUCUGAGCAGAGUAUAUCUGUAGAAGGAGAGUCACAGGUUAGGGCUUCUAAGGCAGGUCCAUCCACCCAGAAGACCCACCCCUAUGAGAUGUGUGUCCCCAUCUUAAAAGAUAUUUUGCAGCAAGCUGAGCACCAAACAGUAUACCCUUUGCAGAAACCAGACUUGGGUGGCACAUAUGUGAGGUGCUUCUGUUUCAGUGCAAACCUUCACCAGCAACAGAGGCAUGACAGUGGAGAGAAGCCCUGGAAAAGAGAUGUGGACAGGGCCUCGCUUGUGAGGAGCUGCAACUUCUUUGUGCCAGGGAAGCCUUUCACCUGUAGGGAGGUUGGGGAAGACUUCCCAGCCACCUUGGGCCUUCUCCAGCACCAGGCCACACCCAACAGUGAGGAACUACAGAGUGGCAGCAAGAGUGGGCAGGCCUUUCACAGUGAAAAAAGUCAUUACAAGUGGGGUGAAUGUGAAAAAGUUGCCAGCCACAGCCACACACUUGUUCAAGAUCAAAGUGUCUGCUCUAAAGAAGGGAUUUAUGAGUGUAACAAAUGUCGGAAAGCCUUCAACUGCAACUACAGACUUGUUCAGCACCAGCAAAUUCACACUGGACAAAGGCCAUAUGAGUGUGGUGAAUGCGGGAAAUUCUUUAGCCAUAUCUCUGGCCUUGUUAAACACCAGAGAAUUCACAGUGGUACAAAGCCUUAUGGAUGCAGAGAACGUGAAAAAUUAUUUACCCACAACUUUAGUCUUACAAAACACCAGAAAAUUCACACUGGAGAAAGGACUUAUGAAUGCAGUGAAUGUGGAAAAGUCUUCAGUCACAAAUCCAAACUCAUUCACCGCCAGAGACAACACACUGGAGGAAUGCAUUUUGAGUGUGGUGAGUGUGGGAAAUUCUUUAGCUACAAAUCCAACCUCAUUGAACACCAGAGAGUUCACACUAAAGAAAGACCUUAUGAGUGCAGCGAAUGUGGGAAGUCCUUUAGACAAAGUUCUAGCCUUUUCCGACACCAGAGAGUUCACACUGGAGAAAGGCCUUAUGAGUGCAGUGAAUGUGGGAAAGCCUUUAGACAAAUUUUUAAUCUCUUUCGACAUGGUAGAGUUCACACUGGAGAAAUGCCUUAUGAGUGUAGCGAAUGUGGGAAAUCUUUUAGCUGCAAAUCUGAACUCAUUCAACACCAGAGAAUUCACAGUGGAGAAAGGCCUUAUGUGUGCAGUGAAUGUGGGAAGUCCUUCAGACAGUUCUCUAACCUCAUUCGACACCGGAGUGUUCAUACUGGAGAAAGACCAUAUGAGUGCAGUGUUUGUGGAAAAUCCUUUAGUCGCAAAUUUAUCCUCAUUCAACAUCAGAGAGUUCACACUGGAGAAAGACCUUACGAGUGCACUGAAUGUGGAAAAUCUUUUAUCCGCAAAUCUGACCUCAUUCAACACCAGAGAAUUCAUACUGGCACAAGACCUUAUGAGUGCAGUGAAUGUGGGAAAUCCUUUAGACAACGCUCUGGGCUUAUUCAACACCGGAGAAUUCAUUCUGGAGAAAAGCCUUAUGAAUGUGGGGAAUGUGGGAAAUCCUUUAGCCAAAGUGCUAGCCUCAUUCAACAUCAGAGAGUUCACACUGGGGAAAAACCAUAUGAGUGUAAUGAGUGUGGAAAAUCCUUUAGCCAAAGUUCUAGCCUCAUUCAACACCAGAGAGGGCACACUGGUGAGAGGCCUUAUGAGUGCAGUGAAUGUGGGAAGCUCUUUACCCACAAAUCUGACCUCAUUCAACACCAGAGAGUUCACACGGGAGAAAGACCUUAUGAAUGUAGUGAAUGUGUGAAAUCCUUUAGCCGCAAAUCUAACCUUCUCAGACACUGGAGAGUUCAUGCUGGAGAAAAGCCUUAAAUGUGCAGGGAAUGUUUUAUUUCCUCACUCAGUAUAGCAACACUGGAGGAGACUGUGAGAGCCAUUUACCUGAAUUUAAACCUCUUUUAUUCAAACAUACACCAUGCAAGAUUGCUCAUAAGUUUCAGUUACACCUAAGGCUUUAAGGAGAUACAUUAUACUUUGUAACCUGCCCAGAGCUGCUGUUAGAUUUAUGUCACUGCCACUUUCUGUGGCUGAAGCCAUUUCACCCCUGUACAUCAGGCACCACUCCAACAGGCUCAGGAAAGCUGAACUCUGUGUUCUGCCAUCUGCUUGAGGAAAUUAUGAAUAGCCCAAGCCCUUAGCAGGAUCCUCAUUCCUUUCUCUCUGAUUUUAGGGAAUGGACCUGACCCAGGUUGGGUCCAAAGGACCUAUCCUCAGCUUGCUAAGAAGGACUACCUUUUUCAGGGACAUUAUUGUUCUCACAUCAUACUUUUGAUGAAUUUUUCCAGGUUCUAAUUUACCAACCUGGAAACUGCUUGCUGCACAUUGCUCUGGUUUGUGAUCUUUUGUAAAGGCCUCCUCUUGCACCUUUAAUUUUUGGCGGUUCUUUUCUCUCUUCCAUGGGGGUUUGGAAGCAGAAUUGUGAUCUGUAGCAUGUAGAGGUGAACAGAUUAAUUUGCAUUGCUUCCCAAGGCCUUAAAAGAAAGACUGCAGGUCUCUGUGGUCCUAAUUGGUGGACUGGUGCCAGGAUUUUCGGAGAGGUCGGAAGUCACCCUGAAGAGGAGGCCUUUGUUGUGAGAACCCCCAGUGCUUCUGUGACCAACAUGAAUUUUAUUCCCUUGUUCACAUAAUUCCCAGAACCAUUGAGGGGACCUCAUCCCCAGGUCCUAUAAAGGAGCCAUGUGCCACGAUGUACAAAUUUUCAAUGACAUUUUCAGUGUCAUUUAUUGUUAGACUACAAGAGUCAGGUAGAACCAUAAUUUGUGUUACUGAACCAAACUCAGGUCCACUUGCCCAUGUGCAGCACAGCCAAUCUACUGACACCAGGUUGUGAUGAAGUGAAGUACAGCAUUUACUGUAGGGCAUCAAGCAAGAAGAAUGGGCAGCUAAUGUUCAAAAGACCUGAACACUCCAAUGGUUUUCAAGGAAGGGGUUUUUUUUUCUUUUUUUUUUUUUUGUGUGUGUGUUUUUAUUUUUUUGUUUUUAUUUAUUUAUUUAUUUUUUGUUUUUCCCUUGCUGCUUUUAAUAUGUUUUCUUUAUUUUAUUUUAUAAUUAUUUUUUUAAUCAGUCAUCAAUUUUAUACACAUCACUGAAUACAUGUCAAUCCCAAUCACCCAAUUCAGCACACCAUCCUCCCCACGCCACUGCAGUUUUCCCCCCUUGGUGUCCAUACGUUUGUUCUCUACAUCUGUGUCUCAACUUCUGCCCUGCAACCCGGUUCAUCUGUACCAUUUUUCUAGGUUCCACAUACAUGCGUUAAUAUACGAUAUUUGUUUUUCUCUUUCUGACUUACUUCACUCUGUAUGACAGUCUCUAGAUCCAUCCACGUCCAAGGAAGGGUUUUUAAAGGCAACAUUUGGUUUGAGUGUUGCAGCUCGUGGACUUUCUUCUGAUUUCUUAGUAUUGAGGUAACAGGGUGAUGUUUUAGUUAUCUUAAUCAUCAACCUGCUAGUUCCAACCAGUCUGGGGUCUAUGUGCUUGUGGACAGCAUGUAGUCACCAUCUUCCACCUGGGUGCGGGUCUUGGUUUCUGCUGAACAGCACAAAGAUAUGUGUCAGAUUGUUGUUAUAUGUAUCAUUUGAGGAGGAACAAGGACUCUGAUUUAUUGCUGAACUGCUGUUUAAGCUGUCAUUACUUUCCUUCCUUGACUGCUUUUCCUUUGUGUCUGUAUUCCCUCACUUCCCUAAUGAGGAACUGCUUGAGUCUGCUCUUUGGAACUCAGGGAAGACCUUGGAGACUAAAACCUCUUUCUACUAACAAACAAGGGACACAUGGAGGGGCUUUUGUACCCAGGAGGGCCUGCAGGGUCCUGCUUUUAUUUGAUACUCCUCAAUCCUGAGGGGAACAGGGUCAGGACAAGAAAAGGAAUACAGUUUUGGGUAGAGAUGUUAAUCAUAAAUUUACCAAGGGGACUUGGUUUUUGGGGGGUUGGUUUUGUUGGUGCAGAAACACUGGAUUAAUAGGGAGUUGAGGAACUGCAGUAAAUUAGAUGGAAUGUUCCUCUUCUAAAAGUUCAUCCACAAAUGCUUCAGUGACUAUGUCCUGUGUGAUGAGUGUGUACAGAAAUUCUCAGGAUCUCCAUAACUGUAUUUCCUGUAGCUGAGGUUUGUGGAUUCCUAUAGCCUUUCUGGGCUGUUCCCUCAAGGGCAUUGCUCUACUGGUGGGAAAACAAGGAUAGAGAGAAGGGCAGUCCUGUAGUCCAAGGAUGUGUCUUUUGUGACCCAGCGAGCAGUUCUGUUGAUUCAAGUGGCAGCAACCUUCAUUGCUCGCCAAUAUUGGCUGCCACCGAGGCAAGGCUGCACUUCCCAGGGCAUAAGGAGAGAGAUGGUAGAGACCAUACAGGGUUGCCAACCUAAUUUUCCAAGAGAAGUGGGACAUCUAUGCUUUUAUUUGGAACCACUUUUUAAGGCUUUCCUAAGAUUUAACAAAGGUUAAGGUAACCCUUGAACAACAUGGGUUUGUAUAGUUGAUGUGCAACAAAGUGCACUUAACUAAUGGGUACAAUUUGAUAAGCUUUGACAUACAUGUAAAGCUGUGAAACCAUCAUCACAAUCAUGAAAGUAAAUUUAUGUAUCACAUAUUUACCUCAUGCUCUUUUGGAAACUCAUUUCCUACUCUCCUCAGCCCUACAGA